AUGGCUACAGUCUCAGAAGUGACGACAUUGCCGGCGGAGGUUGGCCAGGUUCUCGCGGAGGCAGAUCGCAUUGGCGAAUUUGAGAAGAGCGGCGAAAAGUCCGGGACCGAUGAGGAAAAUACCAAGUCAGAAGGAGAGGGAAGCGUCAUCGUUACAGAUGUCGUUGAAGAUCGCGUUGCUCCCAUCUGCAUCGUUCAGCUGCUCAGGCACGUCUCUGACAUAGAGCUGACACCCCUUCAAACACCAGAUCAGUACACGGACGAACAGUAUAAGCAGCUUAAGAAGAAGAUCGAUCGAUAUCUUCUCCCCCUCAUGUGGCUUUGCUAUGGCAUCCAACAAACCGACAAGACUUCCCUGGGCACCCAAGCUAUAUUUGGGCUACGAGACGACACUCACCUCGUCGGACAGCAGUAUUCGUGGCUGACGACAGUUUUCUACAUCUUGUACAUGUGUUUCGAAUUUCCUUCCAAUAUCUUGCUCCAGCGAUACAAGAUGGGUCGGACGCUUUCGCUGUAUAUGAUUUGCUGGGGUUUUAUCGUCUUGGGGGUUGGUUUUGCACAGAACUUUACCCAUCUUGUUGUACUACGAGCUCUCCAGGGAAUGUUCGAGUGCUGCAUCAGUCCGGGUUUCAUACUGGUCAUUGGAAGCUGGUACACGACACGAGAGCAUUCGUCACGGUCUCUGGUGUUUCAGAGCGCCAAUGCCGGCUUUGGUAUCAUUUCCAGCCUGAUUCUUUAUGGAAUCGGCUCUGUUCAGUACCACCGACCGGACUUCGAAGCUUGGAGAUACAUGUCAUAUUUUCUCGGCUCCCUCACAGUCAUUGUCGGCUGCUUGUGUCUCUUUCUUCUUGGCACUCCGUCUGAAGUCCGCUGGCUAUCGCCAGAGGAGAAGGCAAUGGCUAACACCCGUAUCCUCUCGAACAAUACGGGCCAUGACCGCACUGGCAUCAAGAGGUGGAAGUGGGAGCAGGCACGCGAGUGCCUCAUCGAUCCGUGCUUCUGGUUUGCAGGAUGCAACGCGUUCCUCAGUUCUGUACCAAAUGGUGGCUUGACCACCUUUGGUUCCAUCAUCAGUGCCUCCUUUGGGUUCACUAAUCUGCAGGUCAUCCUGCUCGACAUCCCUAGAAGCACAUUCUCCGUUCUGUACUUUAUUUUCAUUGGUCUCGUCACCAGCAAGUACAAGAACUUGAGAAUGUACUUCAUGAUGUUCUCAACCAUUCCUCCCUUUGUGGGUUUCCUGGUUAUGGCUCUUCUCCCCAACGAGCCGCAGUACAAGUGGACAAAAUGGGGCGGCUACUUCAUGACCGUGCCGUUCGUCAUAUCGCUCUUCCUCGCGUGGACUCUCAUCCCAUCCAAUACGGCCGGCAGGACAAAAAGGACACUGACAAGCUCUUUUACAUUCGUGGGCUAUUGCGUGGGCAACAUGACUGGAUCGCAAAUCUUCAAGGCGGCUGAUGCACCUCGCUACGUACCGGGUACGAUUGGCUGUGCAAUAUGCUUCGGCCUUGAGUUCUGCCUUAUCGUGACGUGGAGACUGGUCUAUGUCUUCAGGAACAAACGCAGGGACAGGCAGCUGCGCGACCAGGGAAUCUCGGAGGAAGAUAGAGUCAGGUUGGGCAAGGAAUUUGGGGAGAAAGACAGUACUGAUUUCCAGAACCCAUAUUUCCGAUACACCAUGUGA